AAAUUAGGUUUUUGUCCGCCACUGAAAUGACGAAAUUACCCUUGGUAUAAAUGAGGGCCCACUGACGGAAAGCCCUUUCGCCCUUAUUUGUGUCCCGCAGAAGAAACAAGUGGACGACGAGAAGAAGAAACUGCUAAAAGAAUCUCCAUAUAUAUACACACACACACGCAUAUGCAUAUGUGUAUACAUAUCCAUAUAUAUAGAGAGAGAGAGGAAUCGAUAAAGAGAGAGAGAGAUCAUAGGAUGAAGAAGAAGUGUGAGCUCUGUGGAGGUGGUGCGAGAAUGUACUGCGAGUCGGACCAGGCGAGUCUGUGUUGGGACUGCGACCAUAAGGUUCAUGGAGCUAACUUCCUCGUCGCCAAGCACACACGGUUCCUCCUCUGCAGCUCCUGCCAGUCCCUGACGCCGUGGAAUGCCACCGGUCCCCGCCUCGGCCCCACCGUCUCGGCCUGCGACUCAUGCUUCUCCCUCCAGAACCCCAGCGGUUCGGAUAAUCGGAACCUAGAAACGAAUCGUCACGAUUAUCACGAAGAUCUGUCCGGCGACGCUGAAUCGUACAAUGACGGUGAGGAAGACGACGACGACGACGAUGGUGAGGAGUACAGUGACGAGGAGGCGGAGAAUCAGGUGGUGCCGUGGUCUGAAGAUCCGUCGAAGCUACAGCCUCCGGAGGUUUGCUCGUCUUCUUCUGUCGGCGGCGGUGGCGGCGGAGGGUUUUCGGCGAAGAGGAAUUUCGGUCUUUUCAACUCCGAUGUAUGAACUUUUCUUCGUUUUUUUUGGCUGAAUUGUUGAAAUCAACGGCUAUGAUUAAAUCGAUCAUGAUCAGAGAGAUCAGGGCCGUUGAUGAGAGAGUGUGUGUAUAUAUAUGUUGUGAUCUCUAAUGAUACGUGGAUUUAUCUAAUGUAAAUAUUUGUUACUAACUUACUGUAUACUGAAAUGCUAUUGGACUCAAAUGACAACUCAUA